CAUAGACACAUCUACAUUUCAGGAACUGGUAUAGACAGAUGUAAUAAUCAAUAUUUAACUGUUAUUUAUUAUCACAGUAACAGCAUUACAAAAAUUGGUAGCUGUAAACACUAAUGAAAACAUCAGAAAAGUACAUAUGUCGGUUUGGUUCCUACCUUUGUGCUAAAUAUAUAAGGAGUAGUUAACAUUUAUAAUCAUCAGACAACGUGGCACAUGUUGGUUUUGGUUCCUAAACAUAUUUAUGCGUGUGUGAAUUGGUAAAUGUCAGGAAAUCAUUUAGAAUACGACGUAGAAAUGUGUUUUAAAUGUGUUUUAUAAAGGUCAGUCCAUUCACUUGUAUUGUAUCACGGGGCAGAACUCCACUUCCAACAUGGCGCCUACGUUGACGUGUCGUAGCAGCGGGCCAACCAGCUCAACGCGUCGUCUACGUAUUUUAUAUGUCUAUAAGCGCUACAGUCGUUAGCAGGCGCCAUGUUGGAAUGAGCUGUUAGCGGUUUGAUUUCUUCACGUUUCUUCGCGCUGAGCUCCAGUUCACUGGUGGACGGACACUGAUCUGACGAGGACCGGAGGACGCCGGGGAUCUGGUCCCACUGAGGAAGAAGCAUGGCCUCCCCACGAAAGAAAAAGAGAGGCUCCAAAAAGGCCGACAGACUUCACCACUGUCAGCGCUGUGAGAAAGCAUUUUCCACAUCGUAUGGUUUAAAGAUUCACCAGAGAGUUCACACUGGAGAGAAACCCUACAGCUGUGACCAGUGUGGCAAAGCAUUCGCCCAGUUAUCACAGAUAAAGAUUCAUCAGAACGUUCACACCGGAGAGAAGCCCUACAGCUGUGAGCAUUGUGGGAAGGCAUUUUCAACAUCAAGUAUCUAUAACACCCACCAGCGCACCCACACCGGAGAGAAACCGUUCAGCUGUGACCGGUGUGACAGGGUCUUCUCCCAGUCAUCACAACUAAAGGUUCAUCAGAGAGUUCACACAGGAGAAAGGCCCUACUGCUGCCAGGAGUGUGGCCAUACGUUCGCAACAUCAGGAGCAGCGGUCUCUCACCAUCGCAGAUUCCACACUGGAGAGAAAUGUUACCGCUGUCAGGAGUGCGACAGAGCGUUCUCCACAUCAGGAGAGCUGAAGAUCCACUGCAGAGUCCACACAGGAGAGAAACCCUACAGGUGUGAUCAGUGUGGGAAGACAUUUUCAAGAUCAGGAAACUACAGAACCCACCAGCGCCGCCACAAUGUAGUGAAACCAUUCAGCUGUGACCAGUGUGGCAAAGCUUUCUUUGUUUCCCGUGACCUCAGGGAACACCUUGGCACCCACGCCGGAGAGAAAUCAUAUCACUGUGAUCAGUGUGGGAAGUUCUUCACUCGGUCAGAAGGUCUAAAAAUCCACCAACGUAUCCACACUGGAGAGAAGCCGUACCAGUGCAGACACUGCGAGAAAGCUUUCAUUUCUGCAACUGACCGCAGGGUACACGAGCGGAUCCACACUGGGUUGAAACCGUACAGCUGUGAGGCGUGUGGUAAGAGUUUCACCCAGCUAGCGGCUUACAAGGUUCAUAGAAACACCCACACUAAGGAAAAGGUCUUCCCUUGUGAGCAGUGUGGGAAGGUCCUUAGUAACACAGCGUCAUUUCUACGUCAUGAAAGGAUCCACACCGGAGAGAAGCCGUACAAGUGCAAACACUGUGAGAAAACGUUUGCAACAGCAGCAGAAUGCACAAGACACCAGUAUGUCCACACUGAGGAGAAGCCGUACAGCUGUAAGCAGUGUGGGAAGAGUUUCAGGAGUUCAUCGUCACGUUACAGACACGACCUCGCCCACAAGGGACUGAAACCCCACCAGUGUCAAUACUGUGGCAAGCGCUUCUACUUAUCGUCCAGACUCUCGGAGCAUCAGCUGAUCCACACUGGAAACAAACCCUACUACUGUGUCAAGUGCAAGAAAAGCUUCCUCUUCAUGUCUCGGCUGAAGAAGCACAAGUGUCUAAAUGAGAGACAGGAAGCAAAACCUGGACCCUUGUGUUUGUCCAGUCAGGAUGUCGGAGCACCGUCGCUGUAUGAGAGGGAGCGACUGAUGAGAGACUUCUGCCUGAUGGGAGCUGCUGUUGAGGUGUCGUCUCGGGUUCUGACAGGUGGAGCCACAGGAUCCCUGGCUUGAUUCUGCUCUGCCAUGUAGCAGGUCUGGUAUUGAUCUGGCUCAGCCGUCCUGUACACACAGUCCUGAAAUGUACGAUUUCUGUUUAGUCUGUUUUUUGCAGGUUAAUCAAUGAAAAAACCCAAAGCAAAUAUUUUAGAACACUUUC